AUGGAUGAUUUCGCUGAAGCGCAUAACGGUCUCGCGGACAAGCUGCAUGAAUUGGACACCGUCCUGCACGACCAUGCGGUCAAAAUGGCCGACAUGGAGGACAGAUCAAGACGCAAUAACUUGCGUAUCCGCGGUAUACCGGAGUCAGUGCUCAACCCUGCACUUCCCGACUACCUGUUAGACCUCUUCCAAGCACUGUCACCGGAGACGCACCCGGAUCAGCUUAUCAUCGACCGAGCACACAGGUUGAGAAGACCGAAACACCUCCCUAACUCCACCGCGAGGGACGUGAUAGUCCGUGUACACUUUUACCAUGCCAAGGAGAGGCUAGUUCGAGCAUCCCGCACACCAGGCAUGCCAGAUCCCUACAAGGACUUAAAAAUCUUCACGGACCUGUCGGCGGCAACCCUCCAAUUUCGGAAAAGCCUGACUCCCCUCACAACAACGCUACGAGCGAAAGGAAUUAUGUACCGAUGGGGAUACCCAGCAAAAUUGCUCAUCCAGUACCAGGACUCACUGCACGCCGUAAGUUCGCUGCCGGCUGGCAAAGAAAAAUUUAAGAUGUGGGGCCUCCCGGUUGCCACUACAGACGACCAUAACAAGGCAAAGAUACCUCGGAUGUCCCCUGAGUGGACCCCGGCCUGA